UGACAGCUCUGGAGCAGCAGCGUCGGGCGGCCAUGCUGAAGCCGGGCGACCCGAGCGGCUCGGCCUUCCUGAAGGUGGACCCGUCGUACCUGCAGCACUGGCAGCAGCUCUUCCCUCAGGCGCAGCUGAAGCCUCCUCUCGCCCCGCCGCCUCCACCUCCUCCGCCUGACCGCCUCUCCAUCCCUUUGGACGGCCUGCGCCAGUCCCGCCUGCACAGCCACCUCCUGGCCUCCUCACACUGCACCUCCUCCUCUUCCUCUACAUCUUCUUCAGCUCUCACCCCGUCCUCCUCCAUCUCCAUCUCCACCUCCGCGGGGAUCUCCCAGCUCCCCGUGCCCCAGCAGAUCGCUCUCUUCGGGCAGGCGUUGGCCCCCGUGUGCGGCGGGCCUGGAGGACCGGGAGGAGAUCUGAUCGUAGUGGUUCCUCCGGAGAACCAGCAGCAGGGUCACAGAGAGCCAGCAGCGGUGGGGCUCCUCCACCAGGCCAAAGAUCAGAGCUGUGUGGGGGUCGGGGUGGUGUCGUCCAGUGUGAAGAGCGGAGGAGGAGAGGAGGGAGGCAAAGGAGCAAGGUUCAAGCUGACCUCUGAGGAGCUGGACUACUACCUGUACGGACAGCAGAGGAUGGAGAUCAUCCCGCUGAGCAACCACACGGGAGAGACCAACAACCCCGUGGACACGUUCAGCGUCACUGAAGAUUUAACAUCCAGAGGGACGGCGGGGAGUCCACCGAGCGGGGUACGGGAGUCCGCUCUCUUCAGAGGGACGAGGAGAGGAGAGGCGGGGGGACGGAGGAGAGGAAGAGUAAAACAGGAGGGGUGGGAGGAGACACGGGGAGAUAAGGAGGAGGAGGAGGAGGAGGCUGAUGAAGAGAGCAGAUAA